AUGUUUACUUCUGAAGAGUGGGCAAUUUGUGCUUGGGCAUCAAAACCAGAAGGGAAAGAGGCAAGGAAAAUAGUUUUAAAGGUCAAGAAUUUUUGGCCAAGUGUGGUUUAUGCUAUUAAGACCACAAAACCUUUGGUUGAAGUGUUGAGAUUAGUUGAUGCUGAUAAAGAACCUGCUAUGGGUUUUCUCUAUAAUGUCAUGGAUUUAGCUAAGGAAAAGAUAGCUCAUAACUUAGGUGGAGAAGAAAAAGAUUACAAAGAGAUAUGGGAUAUCAUAGAUGACAAAUGGGAAUCUCAGUUGCAUCGAUAUUUGCAUGCUGCCGCAUACUUUUUGAAUCCCCGUUGUCAAUAUGCACCAGGAUCUUCCAAUCAUCCAGAGGUCAAGUUGGGUUUGUUCCAUUGUAUGGACAAGCUUAUACCAAACCCUGAAGAAAGAGAGAAAGCUGACCUCCAAUGUAGCAUUUUUCGCAACAAGGAAGGGUUCUUUGGAUUCACCCAAGCCAAACAAACAUUUGAAAAACGAUCUCCUGAAUUUUUAGUGGAAUGGUGGAUUCAAUUCGGGGAUGGCACUCCAGAGUUACAAAAGUUUGCAAUUAAAGUAUUGGGUCUUACUUGCUCAUCAUCGGGAUGUGAGCAAAAUUGGAGCACUUUCAAUCAAGUUCAUACAAAAAGAAUAAAUCGGUUGACUACUCUAAAAAUGCAUUCUUUGGUGUAUAUCAUGUUUAACAAAAGAUUGAAGGAUAGACAUUUGAAGUUGAAAUCUCUAUCAAAGGAGGAUGAUGGUUUGGUGAUUGAUGAAGAGAUGCCAUCAGAUGAUGAAUGGGUCGUUGAUGAAGAUGGAAAUUUUGAAGACAUACAAAGGCCAAAUGAUGAGGACCUUGGAGUUGAUAGAGGAACAGGAUCAAUGAAGAGGGUAGUAGACUUGGAUGAAGAUGAAUGGGAGGAUAUUGGUGGUGAUAAUGAAGAGGGUGGUGGUGAUGAGAGGAAUAUACAAUAUGACGAUUCUUCAAGCGAUGAUGAGUUGGAGUUGAACGAUGAUUUCUAA